GUUAUUUUUCUGCAUGGUUUGGGCGAUACAGGGCAUGGUUGGUCGACAGUUUGUGCAACAGAUUUACGUCUCAGUCACGUCAAGUAUAUAUGUCCACAUGCGCCAUCAAGACCUGUAACAUUGAAUCUUGGUAUGCAAAUGCCGGCAUGGUUCGAUGUGUUCGGUUUAACUCCAGAUGCUGAAGAAGAUGAAGAUGGUAUCAAUGAAUCUGUAAAAAUCGUGCAUUCCAUGAUCGACGAGGAAAUUCGGAAUGGAAUACCUGCUGAAAGAAUUAUUAUUGCCGGUUUUUCUAUGGGUGGUGCUUUAGCUCUUUAUGCUGGUUUGACUUAUGAUAAACCUUUGGCUGGCAUCGUUGGCUUAAGCUCUUUCUUAGUGCAGCGAGACAAAAUACCUGGAAUAUUUUUCACUGUUGCAUUUGCCCACAAGAAUGAGAUUAUUCAAAAUACACACGAUUUUCAGAACCAUACAGCUAAUAAAAACGCGCACAUUUUAAUGGGUCAUGGUGACGCAGAUUUUGUUGUCCCUAGAACAUUUGGCGAAAUGACCGCACAAUUCAUUCAAACAUUCGAUCCAAACAUUCACAUAAAAAUUUAUCCUGGAAUGGCACAUUCGAGUUGUCCAGAAGUAAGUUUAUUAUAUAUAUUAAAAAAAUUUAUUUUCUAUUGGCUCAUCCAUUUUUGUUUUUAA